UCGAUAUAUGUCGGCACGGUCGACACCGGUCGACACUAUUAUUUAUUUUGUACGCUUGGCGUAGUUGUAAUGUGUCUAAGACGAAAUGUAAUAUUUCACACUACUGCAAUUGUAACAUGUUGCUCUGUAGUGCUAGCAUUGCAAAGUACUGAAUACGUCCAAGAAAACAGUGGGAAAUUGAAAGAUGACCCAGCGGAGCAAUUAUUUGUUAGACUGUUUAUAAAGAGGAGAAAGGAACAACUGGAUGCAGUCAAAAGACUUCUUGCAAUUGACAGCUAUGAAAAACAAAACAAAAUGGUGUCUGUAAUAGCAGAGAAAGUUUUCAGUGUAAUCCAAAGUAGUAGAGUUACAUUAGAAAGUUCAGGGUAUAUUCCUGGAAGCAGCAGUUUUCCUAAGGAUGAGAAUACUUUGCAUGCACUGGCAAACAUACUGGAGAACACUGCAUUCUUUGGUGAUAUCUUGCUGAGACUUCCAAAUAUUUCCCACAAAAUCAUAACCUUAAAACAUGAAUGGGAAGUGCUGUUACACUGGAGCCUGGGCUUCUCUAACCAAACUCAUCUGCUGGAUAAACAAACAGAAAGACUUAUGUACCUGGUCAGCCAAGAACUGAAUAUCACAGAGCGGGAUCCCGAUUAUCAAAAUCCAUACAGCAGAAGUCAUAAAAAGGAGCAGAACAGAGAGCAAAGUGUACAACAGAAUACUGUGAAGAAAAACAGAAAAAAGGAGUACAAAAAGGGACCACGUAUGUCUAGUGGGGCCUUUACUGGAGAACUGUAAGAGUAACCAAAUUGUAUGCAACCUACCUUUCUUUGUAAAAUACUCAGCUUGAACUUUCUGCAGGUGUGUAAAACACAUGAACUUUUUU